AUGGCGACGGUAAGUGCCCUGGAGGGGUGUUCGAUGGAGAACUCAACAUCGUCAAGGCCCAAGACACUGCCAGUCAAGCCAGCUUUAUCACCGAACAGUGCCUACAAAAGCUCCGGCUGGUUCGCAGACAGGCCCAUCUUCCGAUACAUGCUUGCUGAUCCUUCUUUCGACACCCCUGGUCCUGCUGACCUGCUUAUUGGUGCUGACCUAUUUCCUCUUCUCGUAACUGGAGGCAAGAUUGAAGGGUCUCCAGUGGCUCUCGACUCUGUUUUGGGAUGGAUUCUCAUGGGAAAGGUGGACACCAAACUUCCACCAUCCCGCCUGGAAUCGCAUUGUGUCACAUUGUUUACUUCUUACCCUCCAUUAGAUGAUGUUGUACGAAAGUUCUGGGAAAUUAAAGAAUUCCCACAUGUAGAACACAAGUCUCCUGAGGAUGUUUGUUGCGAAACCAUGUUUGCCGAAACUCAUAUCCGAAAUGAAGAAGGCCGAUAUAGUGUGUCCCUGCCAUUUCGCCACUCGAGACCUGAGUUGGGCACCUCUAGACCUCAAACUGUAAAUAGGUUUAUGCGCCUAGAGAGAUGCUUGAAAGGUGACUCAAAGCUCAAACUGAUGUACUCAGAGUUCAUGGAAGACUAUCUUGUCAAGGGUCACAUGGAGAAAGUUCCAGAUGAUCAGAUUAAUGUGACUCCAGCAUAUAUCCCCCACCAAUGUGUCGUGAAGCCGGAAAGCUCAACCACAAAGCUGCGGGUAGUGUUUGAUGGGUCUGCUAAGAGCUCAUCCAGUGUCUCAUUGAAUGACACACUGCUAACCGGUCCCAAGCUGCAAAGCGACAUUUUUGACCUACUGUUGAACUUUCGGCUACAUCCCUUUGUGUUCAUAGCAGAUGUUAAACAAAUGUACUGUCAAAUAUCUGUUCUGCCCCAGCACCAGGACUACCAAUGCAUUGUUUGGCGCUUCUGUGAUUCGGAACCUGUGCAGGAUUAUAGAUUGAAGACGGUGACAUAUGGCGUCUCCUCAGCUACGUUCUUUGCCCUUCGAACUCUUCAACAACUGGGGGUCAAUGAGAAAGACCACAUUCCAGCUGCCUCAAGAGUUUUGCAAUUCGAUGUGUAUGUCGAUGAUGUGGUCACCAGUUCUCACUCUCUUAAAUCUGCUCUGGCCAUCAAAAAGGACCUUCUUGCUCUUCUUGCCAAAGGGGGCUUCAAAUUGAGGAAGUUCAUGAGCAACCAUUCACCGCUCAUAGACUGGCUUCCACCUGAAGAUGUUGAUAUGCCCCAAUCAUUUGAUUUGGAUCCUGAGAGUCAAGUUGUGGUCAAGGUCUUAGUACUUCAAUGGAACCCAGUCUCGGACACCUUCUCCUAUGUUAUCCGAGGCCACUCGAGUCUUGUUACGAAGAGGAGCAUCCUUGCCAACGUAGCCAGAAUAUUUGAUCCUCUAGGAUGGCUUACUACACUGUUAAUGUUUGCAAAGCAUCUAUUGCAGCUGUUGUGGGUGCGGUCAAUUGACUGGGAUGAUCACGUCCCCCCUGAUAUUGUUUCUCAGUGGGAUAAUUUUAGCCACGAGCUCCCUCGUUUGUCCUCCAUUGCUGUCACUCGAUUCAUUAAGGGUCCAGAAGGCUCUACCUAUCAACUUCAUGGUUUCUGCGAUAGUUCUGAGAUUGUUUAUGCGGCCGUGGUGUACCUGCGCAUAGUGUGCCCGGAUAAUUGA